GAGCAGUGUAGCCCAGGAGCUUUUGGUAGUCGUUGGUACUUCCGCUCCAGGAGGAUGGCGUAGCAGCCAUCUUUUCUCGGGCUUUAGUGGUUUUGAUCUUCUUCCCUGAAACCUUUCGAAUGUCUCCUGAAUGUACUUGGGAACAACACUUAGCAGUCUUUCGUUUGGGGAGGACCGGCUGACAGCGGACGUUUGCGAAUAGCGUUUUGCGUUCUCUAGGGCGGAGCUUCCUUGAAUUGGGGGCGUACCUGGGUCGACGGAGUUUGAGGGUCUCCUGGGGGCUGGCGCCUCCUGCCCGACUCGCCCACCUGCGAGCCUGACCUGCAGCUUCAGACGGUCUCACCUCGGACCGCCUAGUUAACCCCUUUGUGCUUUUGAUUGUUCUGUAAAAGGAAAAUACAAGUUACACCUUCAAAUGAUGGAAUAUUUUGAGAAAAACGUGGUAUACUACAAAAGAUUUAAAACUGCCUGGUACAUGGAUUUUUCUUGAUACUACUAGAAAUUUUCCGAGAAGCGCAUGUUUCUGGACUUCAUCUGUCGGGAAAUGUAGUCCAGGACUGAAGUACUGAGCGUCCUGAGGUCUGGAAGCAACUGUAUUAUCCCUAAACCAUUGACCUUUUAAAGAAGGAGAGUGUUGCUUCUAGCUGGUCUGGAAGAUGUGACUGUGACUGAUUGGAGGUGGAGACACAACCCUGGUUUUUUACAGCCUGCUUUUCUUCACUAUUCCUGACUUGUCCAAAAGCACUGCAGAAAAGAAGAGGCCGCAGAGCCCCACUUCUUCUUCUUAGGACUCUGCACUCCCUGGAAAGAUAAAUUAAAGAUGAACACAUUCAAGGAAGCUGUGACUUUCAAGGAUGUUGCUGUGGCCUUUACUGAGGAGGAGCUGGGACUGCUGGAUCCUGCCCAGAGGAAGCUGUACCAAGAUGUGAUGAUGGAAAACUUCAGGAACCUGGUCUCAGUGGGUGAGGCCUCCCUCUCAAAUAACUCUGAGCAUCAGUUCUUCAAACGAGAUAUAUCAUAUGCAGAAAGAGAAGAAAAGCUUUGGAUGAUGAAGACAGCAACCCAAAGAGAGACAAGUUUAGGAGAGAACAAUCAAAGUGAGUUAAGGACUGUUCAAGACAGAGAAUCCCAUGAAAAACUUUCCUGCUGGCAAAUCUGGCAACAAAUUGCAAAUGACUUAACCAGGUGUCAUGGCACCAUAAUAAAUAAUACUCAGGUCCACAAACAGUGUUAUUCCCCCUGCCAGGUUGGGACAGGACUACCUGUUCAAAUUUCUGAAGAUGAAAAUUUUAAACAGAAUCAUAAAGCUGAUGGUCCUAGCCAUACUGAAGACUCAGAGUUUCCAACUUUGAGAAUCCAGGAUUCUUGGAGGAAAACUUCCAUGAUUGAAUCACAGAAUUAUCAGGGUAGAUAUCAACAGAUUUCCAUGAAAAAUAAACUCUGUCAGUACAAACAGAGUAUUGACCCCAUCAGUUGGAUUUCACAUCACCAUGAUGAUCUUAAAGUAGACAAAAGUGAAAAAUCGUAUGGCCUCAAUGAAUAUGGAAAAGAGAGCCUAAAGAUUUUGACACUUUGUAAGCAUAGAAUGACUCCCCCAGAACAGAAGCCUUACAAGUGUAAUGUGUAUAAAAAAGGCUUCAGUGAUUUCUCCAGCUUUGAUCCUCAGCAGCAAUACUCAGGAGAGGAGUCUCAGACAUGUACUGAAUGUGGAAAAGGUUUCCAUGACAGCUCAGUUCUUUGUGUUCAUCUGAGAGUUUGCAUGGAAGGAAAACAUAAGUGUAAUGAGUGUGGUAAGGAAUUCAGCCAGAGCUCACAUCUGCAAACCCAUCAAAAAGUCCACACAAGAGUAAAACCAUACAAAUGUGAGCAUUGUGGGAAAGCUUUUAGUCGUAGAUCAGCACUUAACGUUCAUUGUAAAGUCCACACUGGAGAGAAACCUUAUAAUUGUGAGGAGUGUGGGAGGGCCUUCAGUCAGGCCUCUCAUCUUCAAGAUCAUCAAAGACUCCACACUGGGGAGAAACCAUUCAAAUGUGAUGCUUGUGGUAAGAGUUUUAGUCGGAAUUCACAUCUUCAGUCCCAUCAGAGAGUACAUACAGGAGAGAAACCAUACAAAUGUGAGGAAUGUGGGAAGGGCUUUAUUUGUAGCUCAAAUCUUUAUAUUCAUCAGAGGGUCCACACAGGAGAAAAACCCUAUAAGUGUGAGGUAUGUGAUAAAGGUUUUAGUCGGCCUUCAAGUCUGCAGGCCCAUCAGGGAGUACACACUGGAGAAAAAUCAUACAUAUGUACUGUGUGUGGUAAAGGCUUUACUCUAAGUUCAAACCUUCAGGCUCAUCUGAGAGUCCACACUGGAGAGAAACCAUACAAAUGUGAGGAGUGUGGGAAGAGCUUCAGGAGGAACUCCCACUAUCAAGUUCAUCUAGUGGUCCACACAGGGGAGAAGCCCUAUAAAUGUGAGGUGUGUGGGAAGGGCUUCAGUCAGAGUUCCUAUCUUCAAAUCCAUCAGAAGGCCCACAGCAUAGAGAAACCUUAUAAGUGUGAAGAGUGUGGGCAGGGGUUCAAUCAGAGUUCACGACUUCAGAUUCACCAGCUGGUCCACACUGGUGAGAAACCAUACAAAUGUGAGGAGUGUGGAAAGGGAUUCAGUCGAAGAGCAGAUCUUAAAAUUCAUUGUAGAAUCCACACAGGAGAAAAACCAUAUAAUUGUGAGGAAUGUGGGAAGGUCUUUAGGCAGGCCUCAAAUCUUUUGGCCCAUCAGAGAGUCCAUAGUGGAGAAAAACCAUUUAAAUGUGAAGAGUGUGGGAAGAGCUUUGGUCGGAGCUCACACCUUCAAGCCCAUCAGAAGGUCCAUACUGGAGACAAGCCAUACAUAUGUGAGGAGUGUGGGAAGGGCUUCAAGUGGAGCUUGAAUCUGGACAUGCAUCAGAGGGUCCACACAGGAGAAAAACCAUAUAAGUGUGGGGAGUGUGGGAAGCACUUCAGUCAGGCCUCAAGUCUUCAGCUCCACCAGAGUGUCCACACUGGAGAGAAACCAUACAAGUGUGAUGUGUGUGGUAAAGUCUUCAGUCGGGCUUCACAGCUCCAGUCUCAUCAGAGAGUUCACACAGGGGAGAAACCUUACAAGUGUGAGAUAUGUGGUAAGAGCUUCAGCUGGAGAUCAAAUCUUACAAUUCAUCACAGAAUUCAUGUCAGUGAUAAGUCCUUUAAAAGAGAUAGUAAGAAUAAAGAAUCCACACGGGAAGAAAGUUCUAUAAAAUGAUGUUUUUUGGAAGACUCAAGUGUCAUGUGAAUCCUUCAGUUCCCCCCAAAAAGAAAUUUGUUUAAUUGAAUUCAGUGUUUCAGCCUUAGCUCUUCAUGUCCCAGUGGUUCAGAGCACAUGAAGGAACUCUCAUCAUUGGUAUACUAAAGGUUUCAGUCAGAACCUUGAACUUUCCCAAGUGCUACUCAGAAGAGAGACCUUAGGAUGAGUUUUAUCAGGGAUUUUGCAAAUAGUAUUAUCAUUGACAUGCCAAAGUUAGUGUCUGCUGGAACGAUAAUUUAUUUCAUAAAUGGAGAGACUGCUGAAUCUGCAUAAUCUUAGCAUUGCUGAGUACUUCAUUGGUACUAUAUUUAAUAAAUGGGGAAAAUGUGUAACUGAAAAUUGCAUUGGAAUUACAUACAGAAUAUUGCAAAUUUGUAAUCAGAAUUCUGAGAUGUGAAAGUAACCAUAAUAAAAGUAAGAGAGACAGUUGAAAGGUAGAAAAACACUCAGUACUUCAAACUACAAUGUUUAUUUGGUAUUAGCCCCAUUAUGAUUAUCACCUGUCCUCUGCCAGACUUUCUUAAGAAGCUGUGUCCUAUCUUAUUGGACUUUGCCUAGUGUUCUUUUGUUUUAUACAGUAUAUUCAGUUAUUUUUGUGACAAUAUAGAAUGAAAAUGAAUCUUGUUCAUCUUGGAAUGGUAGGACUCUAUCCUACUAUUGAUAUUUUUUUUAAAUAUGUUUUUGGUCAUAGAGGGACACACAAUAAUUAUUUAUUUUAUUAUUAAUUUAUUUUUUAUGUGGUGCUGAGGAUCAAACCAGUGCCUCACACAUGCCUGGCAAGUGCUCUGCCACUGAGCUACAGUCCUAACCCCAACUAUUGGUUAUUUUCAACACCAUUAAGACAGAGGUUUGUCAGAAGUUACUCCUGACAGAUGUUUUUCAUAGUAUUGUUGGAAUUGAUCAUUUUCUUAUUUUCUACAUUUUCAUCUGUUCUAAUGGCUUUAAUAAGUUUAAUCAAACAUGUUGCUUCUUGGGGCAUUGAUGACUCAAUUUUUCCUAGCAGUGGAAAUGAAGGAGGAGCAACUUGGAAAAAGAAUUGGUCAGGAUGCAGAAUGUGCAUCCUUUGGUAGAACAGAAACUUACUACUAGGAGAUUCAAAUGAGUAGGAAGCACAUCAUUGAGGUUGCUGACUCUCUAAACAUGGAAGUAAGCAUUCACCAAUAUGAAUUAAUUUUUUAAUUUAAAAUUAUACGUAAAUUGUACAUAUUGGUGGUAUGCUGUAUGAUGCUUCAAUUAGUAAUUUAAAUAAUUGUUUAAACUUAUCUGCAAUAACAUCAUUUAAAAUGAUGGCCAAGACUUAUGACAAUACAAGAAUAAAUUUAAUGUAGUGUAGGGAGAGCACCUUAAACUGGUGUGUGUCCAUGUGCACAUCCAGUCAUGUGUGACAGGUUAUUUACCUUACAUAAUAAACAGCAAGGAGAAUCUUCAGGGAUUUUUCCACAUUUAGCUUUUGCAUUUUAAAAUUUUCAGUGAGAAUUUUUGUAAUGAAAUACUGUAAGUUCACAGUAACACUGGUAGUAAAACUAUAUCAAAUAAAAUUUGAAAUAUUACUAAGAAUAUGUUAAUGCCUUAGGGUUAAUGAAACAUAGCAUAUAAGAUCAAAAUUAAGAAAUAAACUCUGGAAAUCAGUUAUUUUUUAAAAAUGGUAUACUUGUUCAAACAUACGUUAGUGAGUGUGAAUAUCUAUUUUCAGUUAAUACACUUGAAUCUCCUUGGGCAUAAAUCCAUGCAGAGAGGUGUUUUUCCAGUAGUAGAAAUUCAUGCAUCCUUGUUCUUGUGAGACUUGCCGGAUAAAUACAGAGUCCAGGGCACUACCUUGUCCUUUUUGGUGCUUGAUCUGAUUGGGGAAGUAGCUGAAUUUUUCCAGACAGUGUGUGCCAAAGAGAAUCUUGAGCUGUGGGGAAAAGGAAUAGUAUGCAGGCUGUUUACAAAGUAACAGGGUGAGGCAGAUCCUGAAGAUGGAGAGUGGAAAUAUUUAAGUUCUGGAGGUGUACGUAGAGAGGACAGCCUGACUCAGUGGAGCCUAGUGAUGGGACCAAGCAGCUAUGCAGGGUUGAAGAGCAGUUUUUAGGCAAUUCAGUUAUCUUGGCUUUGGGGCGCUCUUCAGCAAAGGGUACAUGUCAUGAGAAAAGCUAAGUAUGGAAAGACUAUGCUACCUCAAGUCGUGCCACAUAUCACAAAUCCUGAGUCUUUGAUGUUUUGUAUGUUCUUAGUAGGUAUAUCAGGAUAGCUUACCAACUCUCAAGGUGAUUUGUAGUUUAACAGGUUCAACUAGAGGUUGGCACAUUACCUCCUUUUGUACAGAUCCAGUCCAGAGCAUUUGAAGCUAUGUUGGAAUAUGGCAGUGCCUAAUUUAUUUGUUGUCUAUGCUGCUUUCUUGCUAUGGAGAUAGUUUAGUUGUUGUGGCACACUAUAGCCACAAAACCUAAAGUAUUUACAUUCUGACCUUUUAUAGAAGAACUUUGUUGACCACUGUGUUAAACCAAAAUGAUUGGUCUUUCAUAACUGAAAAGAUCACAUGUAGUUCAGGGUUUAGACCUGGUUCAGUCAGGAUUCCCAAAUGAUUUCCUUUUGGUUCUUAUAUCUGCCUUUCUGAUUUACUUUAUUUCUUAGGUUGGUGCAAAGAUGGCAGUGGCAGCUGGGGACUACCUGCUUCUUCACAGCUGAUGGGAGACAGCUGCAUUUUUCAUUUGUAGUGUUUGGUAGUUCACUCUUUACUCCCAAUGUACAUAGUAUUCUGACCUUGACUCCCAUCUAUGGUCAGGAUUAAACUUCUAGCUGUGUGUCUAGCUCCCUUGGCCUUUGUGGGCUAUUGAGUUUCAACUCCCACUUGGCCUUCAUGGCCUUGAGUUUUGGACCUCUGGAAGGUUUUUCUAUUUUUGAGUUUUGACUACAUACAAAUAUUUUAGGGAACUUUAUAUAGUAUCAGCAUAUCUUUGUUGUUGAGAAUAGAGGUACCAAUAAGAAAUUCAGUCAGUGGUUGAAUGGCAACACAUUGAAUUCACAAACAGGCCUAAGGUCACAAGACAUCAAUUUUAAGUAGAAAAUCCUGAAAAACUGGAAUGGGAACAUACAGCAGUAGGGCUGAGGGCUUUCACUUCCACACUUAUCUAAGACCCUCCUUUGCCAUUAGUAGGAGCUCCAUCCUCCCCACUCUAUGGACUGAAGAACCUAUAAUAACCUUUCCCAAGAUAAUUGGUCUUGCAAGGAGCUAUAGAUCUUUAAGACUUGCCUCCUUUACCUCUAGUAUUUUUAGACCUAUAAUAAGUUCUCACAGGCAAUGAGGAAAGGAGUCUUCAGGUAAAAAGUAUGACUAUGGGGGCUGGGGUUAUGGCUCAGUCUUAGAGUACUUGCCUAGGAUGAGUGAGGCUCUGGGUUUGAUCCUCAGCACCACAAACAAACAACAACAAAUAAAUAAGAUAAAAAUGAAAUUCUUUUUAAAAAAGUAUAACUAUGACACUAUAUUAGGCCAGCCAAAAUAAUGAUUUUUAGAUUUUGUAUCAAUAGAAACCUUAGAAAAAUAUAUGGUUGCAGGGCAUGGUGGCACAUGCCUAUAAUCCCAGCUACUUAGGAGGCUGAAGCAGGAGGAUCCCAAGUUUGAGACCAGUGUCAGAAAUUAGCAAGACCCUGUCUCAAAAAUUAAAAAGGUCUGGGGAUAUAGUUGAAUAGUAGAGUGCCCCUAGGUUCAGUCCCCCGUACUGCAAACCUGUGUGUGUGUGUGUGUGUGUGUGUGUGUAAAGAGAGAGGGAGGGAGAGUGUGUGUGUUUUGUACUUUAGGACAUAGAAGUCAGUGGAAAGAAUACAGUGAUAGAUUUGUUGGUGUGGAUACACUGAACAGUGAUUGCAGACCCACUAUGUUAGCUUGAGCACCUGAGGAUGUCUUCAACAGUUUGUUGAAAAGAGAAGUUGGCUAACCCUUAAGUUAAAACACUAGAACUUUGUAAGUAUGUCAUAGAACAGUUUCUCGACGUUGGCACAAUCAACAUUUUAGACUGGAUAGCUCUGUUUUGGGGGGAUUUUCUGCAUCAUAGGAUGUUUACCAGCAUCAUUGACCACUAGCCACUAAAUGCCCAUGCAUGCAUGUCAGUUGUAAUAGACAAAAAUGUCUAGACACCUACUCAGGUGUUCCCAGAGGGCAAAAAUCACUCCCAACUGAGAACACUGUUGUAGAUGGUAUACAAAGACAUAGGAAUGCUGACAUGCUGGAAGAGAUUUGACAUAGAAAACCUGCUCACCCAACCCUGUAUGGGCCUAGGAGUGUGGUGUCCAGAGGACACUCUUUACAAAAGGUAUGAGAAAUUCCCUGGGGAGGGGAUCAUUGGCAUCUCAGAGAGCUCUGUAGCGACUCUUCUUAUGGACCAGGAAUAAAAGUGGGGAAUUUUGACAUACAAAUGGAAACUUGAUGAUGUGAGGAUAAUGGGAUCCUGGAAUGUCCAGAGUCAAGUAGGGGUACCUCAUUGGCAGAGACAAAGUAAUUGUGUUUAUCAUAAUGAUCAGAAAAGCAAAGGAUCAUCAGAAUGGGUUAAUAGGAAGAGAUUUCUGCAUUCACUCAUUGACUGUGGCAUCCCUUUGGCUACAGUAGAUUAGAAAUCUUGAUUUGGUUAAUUGGAAAAGCUCUAGAUCUGGUAAAUCAACUUAAGAGAGAAUUGUGUCCCUUCAUCUAAAUUCUGUAAUGUGAGUUACCACUUCCAGAGUACCUUGAAUGAACGGCAGAUCAGGUCCUCUUGAGGAAGUACCCUUGAUAUGCUACCCAAACUGAACUGUUUUAUACUACUAUAAAUCAUUCUAGCUUUCCCCAAAAGUGACUUGCAGCCAUAGUUUGUGUGUAUAUAUAUUAGGUACAUGGAAACAAAUCAGAAUUCAGAGUUACUACUGGAAACUACAGCUAAAUUGACAUUAACUUUUAGAACCCCAAAAUGUCAUUGUGGUUUUCCAGUUAGUAGAGAGAUUAGAGACAACAAAAAAGUUAACGGAUGUUUUUGCUCAGGUCCGAAUGAAUCCGUGAACCAAUCCUAUGAUUAUUUCCCAAACUCCAGAAUGCAGAGUUGGAAUAGAAAUACUCAACAACUUGCAGAAUCCUUGUAUUGAUUCCCUGACACAUGGAUGAGGGCUAUUCUGGUAAGAAAGGGUAAAAAAAUGCCUUGUAUGUACCAAAAUAGUAAAAGAAAAUGAAAAUGACGUUCAGAGGGAUCAGUGGCAUCAGCAGUAUCUUGAAAGUUUCAGGGUUCAUGAUUUUUGUCACACCCUCAUUUAUUCACUCUGACUUAUGCAGAGGAUAAGUGAGUCUCAGAGAAUGACAGGAAAUUAUUUUAUUUGUUUUUAUUUUAUUUAUGUAUUAUACUUAGUUGCAUAUGACAGCAGAAUGCAUUUCAACUCAUCAAACACAAAUGUAGUACAACAUUUCAAUUCUCUGGUUGUACACAAGGCAAUUAUUUUAAAUUUAACCUAGAGUUGAUACCAGUUGCAACUCCAGGAUGUGGUGGUAUUGCUGGAGCAAAUCAACAUGUGUGCUGGCACUGACAUAGCUUUAAACUGAUAUGUGCUUUCUUCAUUACACCUAAUAGUAAAUAUUCAAAAUCUAGUUUUAUCUGAUAAGGACAUCAAUGCACUCUUAUAGUCCCAGCUUAAGGUAACAUCAGCUUUCUAAUAUUUUCACAUUUAUCCAAGGUUUGGUAAACUGUGGUCCACAGACCUAAUUUGGCUGCCAGUUGUUUUUGUAAAUAAAAUUUCAUUAAAACAUAGCCAUGACCACUUUUUACAUGGAUGUUUUUGUACUAAAAUGGCAAAGUUGUGAAUCUAAAAAGCCUAAAACUUUUACUAUCUGGCUCUUUCUAUAAUUUCUGAUUUCUACUCUAGUUUGUAGAAAUAUUAGUUGUCUCUCCAUUUCCCAGGACAUCAUACCAACCCAAUAUGAUGAAAAAAUUAUGUGUUACAUACACACACACACACACACACACACUCUGCAGAUUGUACUUUGUAGGCAGGAAGAAGUAAUCACAAAAGACAUCUUGGUUAGACAUAUGCAUAACUGUAUACUAGAAAUAACAAAAUAUUAUUAAAAUGGAAUAAAUUGCCUAUAUUCAGAAAUUUACAAGGAUUGUUUCAAAAAUGUGAAUAUAGAAGGGAUUAAUAGAUGGGAAAGAGAAAUUAGAAGAUUCUAGGCAUGGAAACCAUAUUUAAUAAAAGAAAAAAAGUGUUUUUGGAUAAGAGAGUCUAUGUGAUUAAUAAGAGGGUUUAAGUAAGUGAUAAAGAAGGUCUGUAUAUUCCCUGACACAUGGAAUGAGGGCUAUUCUGGUAAGAAAUGGUAAAAAAAUGCCUUGUAAGUUCUGGCUAUAUAUGUUUUUUGAUCAAGUAAUUUUGAAGGAAUUAAGGAUUAUACAAUGGUGGUUAAACAACAACUGUUAGUUUGCAAUAUUGUAAUAUAUUAUUUCUUAAAGAGCUAAACUUGAUUAAUAUAAAAACAUCAAUGUAA